GGGGGAGCUGCCCGACGCACGCGCAGUAUGUUUGUCUAGGGAAUUCAUGUGGAGGUCAGAGUGGGAGCAGUUUCCUCAUCUGUAGUUACCUACUUCAUACGGGUUGGUGUGAGGAUUAAAUAUGGAAAUUGCUGUUAGAAGACUACCCAGUAUAAAGGUGUGAGCAGGCCCAGCAGAAGAAGACAUGGCUGCCAAAGUGUUUGAGUCCAUUGGCAAGUUUGGCCUGGCCUUAGCCGUUGCAGGAGGCGUGGUGAACUCCGCCUUGUAUAAUGUGGAUGCUGGGCACAGAGCUGUCAUCUUUGACCGGUUCCGUGGAGUGCAGGACAUUGUCGUAGGGGAAGGGACUCACUUCCUCAUCCCUUGGGUACAGAAACCGAUUAUCUUUGACUGCCGCUCUCGACCACGGAACGUGCCAGUAAUCACUGGGAGCAAAGAUUUACAGAAUGUCAACAUCACCUUGCGCAUCCUCUUCCGGCCGGUCGCUAGCCAGCUUCCCCGCAUCUUCACCAGCAUCGGAGAGGACUAUGACGAGCGCGUGCUGCCGUCCAUCACCACAGAGAUCCUCAAGUCCGUGGUGGCUCGCUUUGAUGCCGGAGAACUGAUCACCCAGAGAGAGCUGGUCUCCAGACAGGUGAGCGAUGACCUCACGGAGCGAGCAGCAACCUUUGGGCUCAUCCUGGAUGACGUAUCCUUGACGCAUCUGACCUUCGGGAAGGAGUUCACAGAAGCGGUGGAAGCCAAACAGGUGGCUCAGCAGGAAGCAGAGAGGGCCAGAUUCGUGGUGGAAAAGGCUGAGCAGCAGAAGAAGGCAGCCAUCAUCUCUGCGGAGGGUGACUCCAAGGCCGCGGAGCUGAUCGCCAACUCGCUCACCACUGCGGGCGACGGCCUGAUCGAGCUGCGCAAGCUGGAGGCGGCGGAGGACAUCGCGUACCAGCUGUCGCGCUCCCGGAACAUCACCUACCUGCCCAGUGGGCAGUCGGUGCUCCUCCAGCUGCCCCAGUGAGACCCGCACCUCCUGGGGCCAUCUGGACCCCAGCCCCCAUGAUGCUCACCACCACCUUCCUUCUCCCGCCCCAGAAAUCACUGUGAAACUUCAUGAUUGGCUUAAAGUGAAGGAAAUAAAAGUAAAAUCACUUCGGAUCUCUA